AUGUCCAGACAACCAUGUCUCGUGGAUACAACAAGAAUAUUCACCCUGUCCACGUCAGUUCUCCUUGCCCGGUACUUUUCUAGCAGUACGACAGCUGCCAUGUCGAACCCCUUCGCCAAGGGAGCCGUGAACUCCGUCGGUGAAUCGGCCCGCAAGUCUAACAGUCCUGAGCACCGGCCUAUGAGUAAAUUUGCAACUCAUCGCAAACUGGGGCGAUGCCAACUCACCUGGCACUUGGCCAACCAUCGCAUGGGCCUCUUGCUUCCAUUGCUCUACUUUAAUGGGAUCGGCAUCGGAUUUGAGCUUGAACAGGGCUGGGGCGGCGAUAACGGAUAG